UCCACAGCCUCCAUACGGUGAACACCGGUCUCGAGACCCCUCCUGGAAUCCAGUGAUUUGAGUUCCAGCCGAACCAGCAUGUCGUUGUUGAAGCUGUUGGGAGUGUUUUGCCUGCUGUCGGCGCUGGCCCAUGAGCGCGUCCACGGAGGAUUGCUGGGCGGAGGUGGCGCCGGGGGCGGCGGCGGCGGCGGCGGCGGCUACCAGUACGGCGCGCCCGGGGGUGGAGCAGGAGGCUUCGGAGGACCCGGCGCCGGCGGCUUUGGGGGCCCUGGGGGCGGCGGCGCCUUCGGGGGCGGCGCUCCUGGGGGCGGUGCUCUCGGCGGCUACGGUGGUGGCGGAGCUGGUGGCUACGGAGGCGGCGGCUACGGAGGCGGCGGUUACGGAGGUGGAGCCGGUGGUGGAGACUUGGGACAACCAACACCGUACAACUUCCAGUACUCCGUGAACGACGCUUACACGGGAACGAGCUUCGGACGGCAGGAAGCUGGUGACGGAAGUGGAAGUGUACAGGGCCAGUACCAAGUCCAACUUCCCGACGGCCGCAAUCAGCUCGUACGUUACGCAGCCAGUGAUGCCACUGGUUUCAACGCAGACGUUCAGUACCAAGGAGAGCCUAGGUACCCAUCCGGCGGCGGCGCCGGUGGAUUCGGUGGUGGCGCCGGGAGGUACGGUGCCGGUGCCGGUGGUGUCGGUGGAUACGGUGGAGGAGCUGGCGGUCUCGGAGGAGCCGGAGGAUACGGUGGUGGAGCUGGAGGAUACGGUGGUGGAGCUGGUGGUCUCGGAGGAGCUGGAGGCUUUGGUGGCGGAGCUGGUGGUAUAGGAGGCGGAGCUGGAGGAUACGGAGGUGGAGCCGGUGGUCUCGGAGGAGGCAGAGGAUUUGGCGGUGGAGCUGGCGGUCUCGGUGGAGCUGGAGGCUACGGCGCUGGAGCUGGAGGUCUCGGAGGAGGAGCUGGAGGUUUCGGUGGAGCUGGCGGACUUGGAGGAGGCAGAGGUGGAGGUGCGGGCGGCGCCGGAGGCUACGGCGGUGCUGGAAGAUAUGGAGCAGGUGGCGCUGGAGGGUUCGGUGGAGGAGCUGGAGGGUUUGGAGGUGGAGCUGGAGGUCUAGGAGGUGGAGCCGGAGGUUUCGGCGGAGGAAGAGGACGUGGUGGAUACGGAGGAGCUGGAGGUGCAGGAGGGUUUGGCGGUGCCGGCGCUGGAGGAUUUGGUGGAGGAGCUGGUGGUGGUGGCCCAUCUGGCUCAUACCUGCCGCCAUUCAAGAGAUAAGCCGACCCUGCUGACAGAUGUAUAUCUUAUAGCUUUAAAUGGAAUGCAAUCCAUUACUAAUGGAAUGCAGAUGCCUAUUGCUUUCUGUAACUCAUUAUAAAGAUCUCUGCUUUAUUAGCAUUUUAAUGUAUAGUUAUGGUAUGUUAAUAAUCAAUGUUAUCUUCAGUGCUCUGUUUGUGCCGCUAUUCGAUGGUGGUGCUUAAAUUAUUGUCCUAGAUGUGUGAUUGUAAGUUCUGUGAGAAUGAAACUAGUUGGAGAGUGAGUUCAACCUAGUUCGGUUUUUCUUUGGUCAUCUAUAAUUAUCAGUAUUACUAUGAAUGAAUUGAAUGACCAUUGAAGAGUCAAAUAUAGUUUAAUGACUGAUUGAAGACCGUUCCCGAUUUCUGGAAAUUUGAUAAAAUGUCUAUGUAUUUAAUAACUGUGUGACUCCUGCC